AUGACACGCCGGCAGCUUGCAGAAGCAGCUCGUCAAAUCUCAGCCGUGGGACCCAUCUCACAAGCUCUAUCUCAGUAUCCCGGCAGUACAGCGGGCAGACCAGCGAACUUGACGCUCUUUGACGUGUUUCGUACACUUACGGCGCCAUCAACGGCUUCAUUUAUCCCGUCACAGUUUUGGACAAAGGAGAUUUUGCAGUUGGCGCAUAGUGAGCCGGCAGUGUGGCAUGCUACGCUUGCGCUGGGAGCUAUUCACCAGAGGCAUGAGUUGUAUUUUCAGGGCUAUGGAGAUGAGAGUGAGAAGAUGUGGAAUGAUGCGAAUGAAAGCUAUGGACGCGCGAUAUCAUGUGGUCGGGAAGUGAAAGAUCCAACGAAACUUCUCUCACUGAGUCUUGCGCUUGUGUCUAUUACGCACCUGAUAGGGCGAUGGUCCGAUAGUCAGGUUCACAUCAUGGCUGCGCACAGGCUAUUGAACCAGGCAGGAUAUAGUAUGGAGACUUCGAGCGCAGCUGAGAUGUUGACGCGUUUGGAUUUACACGCCAUGACAUUCUCCGACUCGAGUGCUCCAUAUCCUUAUCAGAAUGCCCCUAGCAGGGUAUGGAUUGAUGAACAUAUGCAGCGCAUCGCCGGUCUUCAGAACUAUGCACAAGCAGGAACGGCAUUGUUUGGGGUCAUGAGGAGACUCAUGAUGAUGGCCCAAAAAACAGCGGACGAACUUGAUGGAAGCUUGACGGAAGAGGAAGAUUUAAUAGAAGUGACAAGGAGGGACCUUGCGUCAUGGGAGUAUAAGAUGGGACAGUUUGAGAAGAACCACGCAAAUCCACACGAUCAGAGAGGCGCAAUAUCUAUCAGGCUGUAUCAUGCUCUCAUGCGUACAUUCCUGGCAGGAGGAGCAUUUGGCUCAGAGUUGCGAUGGGACAAUUUCCUCGGUCUUUACGAACGAAUUCUCACGCUCGCAGAGACACUAUGCGCCAGCACACAGAACUUCCAUGUCAAGUCACCUCUUUCUCUCGAGCCUGGCGUUAUAGUCCCGGUUUUCAUGGUCGCCCAGCGCUGUCGUCAUCCAUGGCUUCGUCGUCGUGCAAUUGCAUUUCUGUAUAAGCUUAAACGACAAGAAGGCAUGUGGUUCAGCGACGGUGCAGCAGCAGUAAGUAAGAAGAUCAUGGAAAUCGAAGGGCAGAAGUAUUUCGAAAGCGAUCUUGCAAAUACUGACGAUAAUGCAUCAUCUCUUGCUUCGGGGGAUGUUCCGUGGGAAGCUUGGGCAAGUGUUAAUGUUGAGAGUUUACCUGCCAGGACAAGCUGGGCGGGUAUCGAGAAAGUCCCUGAAGAGAAGAGGAUGCGAGAGACGAUGGUGAUGGUUUGUACAGAGGAGAGGAGGAUUGAAUUAUCGCUUAUAAUGAGUUCAGGCGAUGAUUAUGAGUCUUAUGGCAAAGUGAGGACUGAAUCGAUAACAUAUUAG